AUGUCGGUGGAUCAUAUGUACAUUCGGCAGUACGAUAAUACCUGCCCUCGUGCAGGUGCUACUGAUGUGAUCCAAGAAGGCUCCUUGACAAUUAAGCCAGUGCUCCAGUCAGAUAAUAGCGCUUUCGGCGCCGAGGUGUUCGGUCUUGAUUGGAGCAAACCUAUCCCCGAUGUGACUGUGGCACAGCUGGUUAGUUUGCAAGACAAAUAUGCCAUCCUGAUAUUCCGAAAAACGGGCUUGGACGACGCUCGCCAUAUUGCAUUCUCACAGCAAUUGGGCGACAAGCUUGAAGUCAACCCCUUUUUCUAUGGUCGUGAGAAUGAUCGAUUGGGGGAGCCGCUAUUGUUUGAUGUGGGGAAUAUUGAGUUGGAUGGCUCAUUGGACUCCUCCUAUCAUCAGCAACGUUCAAAGUACUCUAUUCUUCUCUCUCAUGGAAACCCCGUUCAGGGUGGGUCGUGGACUCACUUUGCCGAUAUGCGUCGGGCUUAUGGUGAUCUCCCUCAAAUGAAGAAAGACGAGAUCGAGAACCUUGUUAUCGAGCACGAUCUAUGGCACUCCCGAAAGCUAGCUUCUCCCGCUGUGUUCGGCAACCCUCUUCCUCAUGAAUUAGCAGCCAAGCCACCGGCGUACCACCGACUCGUACAAAUAGCUCCCGAUGGGCGCAAAACAAUGUAUCUGGCAGCGCAUGCAAAGAGGGUUCUGGGAAAGGGGUUCGAAGAGAGCCAAAAGUUGAUCUGGGAGCUCAUUGAUCACUGCACCCAACCAAAGUAUGUUUUCAGCAUGGAGUGGCUGUCCGGGGGUGACAUGGUAUGGUGGGAUAAUCGGCAAGUCUUCAAGCAAUCCAUGCACCGUGCCAACCCUUACACCGAUCAUAUGACUGCGAGGGAUGUCCGUCGCUCUACAAUUCUUGACGAUGGCCCAUUAGCAUUUGGUGUUAGUGCAGAAGAGAAAUCAGCUGCUGAGGGAGAUGGGGUUACUAACUAA